AUGAGUCAGUUAGCUAGUUUGAUGGGACAACAACACCAACCAGGAAGGUUGCCUAGCCAAACUGUGGUGAAUCCAAAUACAGAGCAGAUGAAUGUUGUGACUUUAAGGAGUGGAAAAGAAGUUUUUGAGCAGUCGAGGAUGCAAAAGAGGAUUAGAAAAGAUACAAAUGAGCAAGGGGAGCUACAAACCAAAAAUUUUGAGCAAAAGGAGUCUUCAACAGAAACUGAACAGUCUCCUAAAGCUACAGAAUUGAAAAACAAAAAUUCUGAUAAGGUACGUACAGAAGUUCAAAAUUCAUUUAACUCAUGUGUCCCUGUUCCUUUCCCUCGUAGGUUUAUGAAGUCGAAGAAAGAGCAAACUGAUAAGGAAAUCUUGGAUACUUUUCGGAAAGUCCAAGUGAACUUACCUCUUUUAGAUGCCAUAAAACAAGUGCCCAAGUAUGCAAAGUUCCUUAAAGAGCUUUGUACGAACAAGAGGAGAUUCAAUGAUCAAGAAACUGUGGCAUUAAACGAGGAAGUAUCAGCUAUUUUGCAGAGGAAGCUGCCACCGAAAUUGAAGGAUGCCGGUAGCUUUACCAUUCCAUGUGUAGUCGGAGGGAAAGAGUUUGGGAGAGCAUUGUGUGAUUUGGGGGCAUCUAUCAAUUUGAUGCCAUAUUCAGUGUAUGAAUCAUUGAACCUUGGAGAAUUAAAGGAAACAAAAGUAGUAAUCCAGUUGGCAGAUCGUUCAAACAGAUAUCCCAAAGGCCUAUUGGAGGAUGUACUUGUGCAAGUGAAUGAGCUCAUUUUUCCCGCUGAUUUUUUUGUUCUUGAGAUGGAACAUGACCCUAUGCCUACUGCACUUCCUCUUAUAUUGGGAAGACCAUUCCUUAGAACGGCACGUACAAAGAUUGAUGUCUACGAUGGUACCUUAACCAUGGAAAUUGAUGGAGAAAGUGAUUGUUUUAAUAAAGGUGUGGGACAAGACAAUUUAGAGAAGGUGUUAGUGCAUAGCAUUACACAUGGAAAGCUUAAUUAUUCCGAGCACAUUGAAGAAGAAUUAAUCCAAAUAGUGGCAGCCCUUGAGUCUCUUCCACCAAUUCGUGGUAAGUCUUCUUCCUAUUUUAUUUCUCUUCCUACUUCUAACGAAAAAACUCUUCCUUCUGUGAUUCAGGCACCCAAAUUGGAGCUUAAACCGAUUCCUGAACAUUUGAAGUAUGCAUUUUUGGGAGAGGAUGAAACAUUACCGGUCAUCAUAUCGUCACGACUCACAGCAGAAGAAGGGGAGAAACUGAUCCGGGUACUGAAGGAUCAUAAAAUUGCCAUAGCUUGGAGCAUUGCCGAUAUCAAAGGUAUAAGUCCAGCUACUUGUAUGCAUAGAAUUCUGUUAGAGGAAGGCGCAAAACCAACAAGGGAAGCUCAACGCCGUUUAAACCCACUCAUGAUGGAGGUCCGAUCCGGAGUCACAGUUGUUCAGAAUGAAGCUAAUGAGCUAGUGCCUACACGUGUGCAAAAUAGUUGGAGAGUCUGUAUAGACUAUCGGAAGAUAAAUAGUGUCACACGCAAAGAUCACUUCCCAGUCCCAUUCAUUGAUCAAAUGUUAGAAAGGUUAGCUGGUCAUACUCAUUAUUGCUUUCUUGAUGGUUAUUCUGGAUAUAAUCAGAUUGCAGUUGCUCCGGAGGAUCAAGAAAAGAUGACUUUCACAUGUCCAUUUGGCACAUUUGCAUAUCGAAGGAUGCCAUUUGGACUUUGCAACGCUCCCGCCACAUUUCAAAGGUGUAUGGUAAGUAUCUUUUCUGAUAUGAUUGAGAAAAUAAUUGAAGUGUUCAUGGAUGAUUUUUCUGUUUAUGGUGAUUCUUUUGAUACAUGUCUACAUAAUCUGUCCCUAGUUCUUAAACGUUGUCAAGAAACUAAUCUGGUCUUAAAUUGGGAAAAAUGUCAUUUCAUGGUUUCACAUGGAUUAGUUCUAGGACAUAUCAUAUCUGAAAAGGGAAUUGAAGUUGAUAAAUCUAAAGUAGAGCUUGUUAGUUCAUUACCCCUCCCUACUACUGUCAGGGAGGUUCGUUCUUUUCUUGGACAUGCAGCUUUCUACCGAAGGUUUAUAAAGGACUUCUCAAGGAUUUCUAGACCCUUGUGCAGUUUGCUUCAAAAAGAUGCAACAUUUGAUAUGAAUGAAGAGUGUGUGGUAGCAUUCAACAAGCUUAAGGAGUUGUUAUCCACGGCUCCUGUGAUCAUGCCACCAGAUUGGAGUUUACCAUUCGAGUUGAUGUGUGAUGCUUCAGACUACGCCGUCGGUGCAGUUCUAGGACAGCGUGUCAACAAAGUGCCACAUGUUAUCUAUUAUGCAUCUCGAACACUCAAUGAUGCACAAUUGAAUUAUUCAACAACAGAGAAGGAGCUUUUAGCUGUUGUAUUUGCUUUAGAAAAAUUUAGAUCUUAUCUGAUUGGGACUAAAAUUAUUGUGUUUUCUGACCAUGCAGCUCUGAAAUACCUGAUGGAGGGAGUCACUUUUGCAAUAGAACACUUGAAGCGUUGCUUAGAAAGUACAAUGUCACACAUAAGGUGUCUACACCUUAUCAUCCGCAAACAAGUGGUCAAGCAGAAGUAUCAAACCGAGAG